GCUUCAUAAGUUUUUUUUUUUAAAGCGAGGAACUGGGAUGCAAAUCUACCUAUCUAUCAGGUUAGCUGACUAGCCCUGUCACGUGGAAGUGAGAGGAACAACCCUACAACUUAAGUCCCAUCCUCCACCCCACCUUACUUUCCCCUCGGACAAGCACGCCACCGAAGCAUGGAACCCGCUGUUUACGAUGACCUCCCCGCCUGGGGACAGCUCCCGGCGGAGCAAUACCUGAUUAGGCACUGGAACCCCGCAUCCGCCGAAUCCCCCGCCCAGCAGCGGGUCCGCCUGAUCCAAGAAUUCCUGCAUCUCGACCAGACCCCGGAAGAGCUCGACCCCACAUUCUUCGGAAUCCACGCCUGGAAGCCUGGGCCGCACACUCGCACUCCAACCGAGGAGGAGAUCGCAACGAUCCUGCGGCCGUGGCGGCCCGACCGGCUGCGCUGGACGGCGUGGAACCUCUGGCGGGACGACGUUGAUGAUAGGAACCCCGUCCUGCUCCGCACGUACUAUGACCCGAAGGACGAUGAGCGCGUGCGAGGCUGGACCACCCUCUGCGAGGAUUACGAGGCAGUACCCGAGUGGUCGCUUUUGGACAACCCGCAGCUCUUUGAUUUCGAGGCCUCUGCAGGUGGCGGCCCCGAGGAGCGAAAGCCGGCGUGGCUGCGAAUAUUCGAUAUCCUACCCGAGAUUUCGAAGCCGUUUGAGCGGUACUCUCGUCUCGUGGACUGGGAGCGGUUCGGCGAGUUCCGGACCAACUUCAAAGACAUGCUGGAUUACGUCAAGCGCGAGCACCCGGGUUGGAGAGACGAGCCUGAUCUCCUGAUUACCAAGAACGAUGCUGCCAUCUUCUUGUUGCAUGUUAUAUCUACCACCCAGGUCCUGAUCGCUGAUGAAGAGGCCUUCGCAACUAACCAGCUCCUGCUGGUUUUCCUGGAUGCGAAGCAGAAUAUCACCAUGCAGGGUCGCAUUGACAUUACAGAAGAGAGAAUCGACCAGCUUGCUGUUGACUGGGGACAAGGCGAGCAGCCGAUUGAGGUCUUCCAGGAAGGAACAGUUGGCGAAGGAUAUCUAGUUGAUGGUGAGCCCGGCAAGCGGCUGUACCAGUGGACAAAGCAGGAUCUGGAUCUGGAGGAUGAUCCAACCUCGGAUGUUCCGAGGGCCGCAGACGGUCUCUCAAGCAUGGAUGUCUAAGUAGAAGGAUUGGCGUGGUUAGCUUUCCUCUCAGUCUUUCCUUGGGUUUCCGUUGGGCCUCUCUGGUCCGUUUCGCUGGGGCUUGUCAUAUACCAAGUACCCAGUCAUGUUGCCUACCUUCUAUACAGUGUUACGCAGUACCUUAGAUCCAUUAUGCUUUAUGAUAUUUCCCGGGCUAGCAUCUAGGCAUUUGGUAUCCCCAGCUUAGAGAACCUGACAAUUGCUGGCCUGGGUGCCUGGUUCUAACCAACGCAUGCCCCAAGAGAGCUCGGUUGUUUCUACACACAGGUUAAUGAACAAGUCCAGCGUAUCAUCUUUCAUCCCCCCACUUUAAUCUCGGGCUAUCCUUCUCAUCUGCCCUGGCGGGAUAUAUGCUCA